CGCACACAAAGAAGUGAAUGGUGAUGCUUUACACGCACCCACGCACAGAGUCGGAGAGUCUCCUUUGGAUUAGUUGGCUGCUCUACGGACGUGCGGACAAAACGCAAAAAGAUGAGUGUGGCUCUGAUCCACGACCGGCAGCUGAUCCAAAACUUCUGGGAAAAGCAAAUCGACCGCUACCAGCAAAACGCCAGCGGCGAGGAGCGCAGGAUUAAUGGCAGCGCACUGCACAAGCUGCGGAGUGAGUGGCUGGUCCGCCUGGAGAAGAGGAACAAACAUCUGAAGAGCCUUAAGGAAAACUGUGGCGUUAAGACGAUAACAGACUCAAUGAGCACCUGAUGACUUGGGCAAGCAGCGUCCAUCUUUGUUACCCGUCUCAAG